AUGCUGGACAAGAUCCCUCAUGUGCAACUCAAACGACAGGCAUUUAGUGCCCGACACAUUCAAUGUUCCUACCCAGGCUGCAAAUGCUGGUUGAAAAAUGCCUCUGGGCUGAAGUGUCAUCAAAGCUCGGCCCAUAGCCACUUGUUUACCCAUCCUGGUUUGCAAUGCACGCAACGUGCUUCUGUUGAAGAAAUCGAAGACGAAGAAGCUCCGAGACGCACUAACAAUGAGCUCUGGGAGUUAAAGCAUGGACUCAUUCAGGAUUAUCACGAGACGCUGACUGGUCGUAUUUGUGAUGAGAAUGGCAACUUUCUCAAUCCUGGUACUCCUCCUCCACCAUACAUGGCAAAAAGUCCUGACAACUGGACUCCGUAUCGCAACCGACUAGAGUUUGAGUGUGCAGAUUUUAUAUACACUGAAAACCAGAUGUCUGCUGGGGAUAUCAACAAGAUUCUCUACUUGUGGGGAAUCACUUCCGCUGUUCAUCAUGACAAUCUGCCAUUUUCUGACUACAGGGACUUAUACAAUACUAUCAACGCAACACCGCUAGGUGAUGUUGCAUGGGAAAACUUCUCCCUGAAGUACAACAGCAAUAAACCCACUGGAGAGUGUCUGCUCUGGAUGGAACAGUCAUACGAGGUUUGGUUCCGGGACCCUCAUACUGUUGCCAAGAACAUGCUUGCAAAUCCGGAUUUCAAAGGUGGAAUAGAUUAUACACCCUACUGUGAAUUUCAGGAGAAGGAUGAGCAAUGCCGCUAUAAGGACUUCAUGUCAGGAGACUGGGCCUGGCAGCAAGCAGACGAAAUUUCACAGGACCCACAAACACAUGGUGCAGCUUUCGUUCCCAUCAUCAUAGGCAGCAACAAGACAACAGUGUCCAUCGCUACCGGUCAAAAUGACUACUAUCCUUUGUAUCUUUUGAUUGGAAACGUCCACAAUAAUAUUCAGCAGGCGCAUCGCAACACAUUGGCUCUGGUUGGAUUCUUGGCAAUCCCUAAGACAGAAAAAAAGAAUUCAGAUGACAUAAAAUACCGCAAGUUCAAGAAGCAGUUGUUUCACUCCUCAUUGUCGAAGAUCUUUGCCAAUCUCAAACCUGGAAUGACGACUCCAGAAGUCACACAAUGUGGUGAUGGACACUACCAGCGCAUUAUAUAUGGACUCAGACCCUACAUUGCAGACUACGAAGAGCAGGUGGUAUUGGUGUGCAUGGUCAAAGAUUGGUGUGGAAGAUGCCUUGCAUUUCCCUCAAAUCUUGAUGAAGGAAGCAUUUCUUGGUCAUGUGAACACACUGAUGCGCUUGUGGAUUCUGUCGAUUUUGGUAUACUUUGGGAUGAGUAUGGUAUUAUUGGCGAGCUAGUGCCCUUCACCAAUGACUUUCCUCGUGCUGACAUUCAUGAGUUGCUCGCCCCCAACAUACUGCACCAGCUCAUCAAAGGAACAUUCAAGGAUCACCUUGUUGAAUGGGUGGGUCAAUACCUCGAACUCACGCAUGGAAAAACACGUGCCAAGGCAAUUUUAGAUGAUAUUGACCGAAGAUAUGUCUAUCUACUAGCAAUUGAAGGCCAUGUACCAGACGAUAUGGUUCGGGCAUUUCGAGCCUUGCUAGAGUUCUGCUACAUCGUGCGCGUGGAUGUGGUUACGGACGACACUCUUGCAGAGCUGAAUGAUGCCCUUAGGCGUUUUCAUACUUACCGUACCAUUUUCCAGACUACCGGUGUCCGUUUCGACAUUUCCCUACCCCAACAACACUCUCUCAUCCGAAUGUUUGGUGCUCCAAAUGGCCUCUGCUUGUCGAUCACGGAAUCAAAACAUAUCAAGGCAGUAAAGCAACCAUGGCGAUGUUCAAGCAAGUACAAUGCACUCAGCCAGAUGCUCCUUGCCAAUCAGUGCCUGGACAAAAUCACAGCAGCAAGAGUUGACUUUACGAUGCGUGGCAUGCUCAAAGGGUCUUGCACCUUCAGCUACUACAAUCCAUUUUUUGAGAAUCCCUCAUAUAUUGGCAAUGAUGAUGGAGACCUGGAGGUCCAACAGAGCCAAGCACGUGCAGGGAAUAAUCUUUUUGCUAUUGAGAGUGACGACUUCGACGAUGUUGAGGAUCAGGGCAUCGUGGAUGACAUGGAUGUCAUUGCUGAUGUGCAGUUAGCACGGACUCUUUACAACCACCAUUCUUCUGCCGACGUUCCACUUUGUGACUGUCCAUCCUACAUGGGACCAAUCAAGAUUUUCCAUUCAGCCGCUGCAACUUUUGUUGCACCCAGUGAUCCAAGUGGAAUCACUGGCAUGCGCCAUCAGCACAUCCAUGCUGUGCCUUCGUGGCGCAACGGACCAGCCCGCUUUGACUGUGCCUUUGUCAACAUGGAUGAUAGGCAUGAUGGAAUGUUAAGCAUGAUUGUUGUUCAAAUAUUCUGCUUUUUUUCUUUCACUUUCACUAACGGUUGCACAUAUCCAUGUGCCCUCAUUCACUGGUUCUAUCGCAUCACUGAGGAACGAGACGAGCUCACAGGAAUGUGGAUGGUGGCACUGUCUUUCAACGAAGAUGGCUCUCGUGAUCUGUCAAUCAUCCAUAUUGACAGUAUCAUUCGUAGUGCUCACUUACUCCCAAUAUUCGGUAUGCAGUUCGUACCACGCGGUCUUCAAUUCUACGAUUCUCUGGAUGUCUAUCGAGGAUUCUAUGUAAAUCGGUUCAUAGAUCACCAUGCUUUCAUGCUGGCAUCUUAA